AUGGAUGUUAUAGUUCCAGAUCCAUUAACUCCACCUUUGAAGUUCAGCACAGUUGAAGAAAAUCUAUAUCGAGGAGCUUAUCCCAGAGAAAUAAAUUUUCCUUUCUUGAAGACGCUUCAACUCAGAACAAUCGUCUCUCUAACUCCAGAACCAAUAGACGAAACAACAGACAAAAAACUAUUUGAAUUUGCUAGGAUCAACAAUAUAAGAGUUGUUCAUUUAGAAUGUGCUCAUAGUGGCAAGGGAAAAAAAAGAGGCGUUCCAAUCGGCUAUUCAACGGUAUUGGAUGCGCUUGAUCUUAUGAUACAUAAGGAAUAUUCACCCAUUUACAUUCAUUGUUUGAAUGGUGGUCAGGUUACCAGUUUAGUAAUUGCAAGUCUCCGUAAGCUACAAUUUUGGUCCUCAAUUACGAUAUUUAAUGAGUUCAUUAACUUUACCACCAAUAUGACAGUCAAUGACAGAAUCUUUGUCGAAGGAUUUAAAGGAGAGAUCAAUAUAAAUACAAAUGACAAGGCUGCCUGGCUUUGGGUAGGUAUGAGCAAAGGUGUUAUAGAAAACAAUCCUAGAAUUAGAAUUCAUGAAUAUUUAGAUGAAACUACGGAUGAUCGGCUGACAACAGGAGAACGAUUGACAAGCUAG